AUGACUAUCAAGAAAGUAUAUGAUGUCGUGGUGGUCGGGGCAGGCCUCAGUGGCCUCCAAGCAGCCCUUUGUGUUAAAGCUGCGGGCCUCAGUGUCUGCGUCCUGGAGGCGACCAACCGAGUUGGAGGAAAGACGUUCACCGUCCAAUCCUGCGAGAAGGGAUUCAAUGACUUAGGUGCCGCCUGGAUCAACGACACAAAUCAAAGCGAGAUGUACAGACUAUUCCAGAAAUACGGUAUUGAAGGCGAGGUCCAGCGAGAUCAUGGGGAUACCGUCCUCGAAUCCGCCGAUGGCUCUGUUGUCAAAGUACCCUAUGGCCAAGAACCGAUCGCAUCUCCAAUAUUCGAAAACUUGCUUGAGGUAUUUCGAACAGAGUCAUCGCUUGUUGACUUAAGCGAUCCUUCUAACUCUCCAGGUGCCGAAGAGAUUGAUCAACUUACAUUCAGAGAAUUUUGUGUGACUCGAGCUGAGACUGAGGAUGUCGCUGGCUUUGCCGACUUGAUCUGCUCUGCUCUUCUUGGUGUGGAGAGUAGUGAAGUGAGCGCUUUGUACAUGCUGCACUAUUUCAAAUGUGGUACUGGCAUCGACAAUUUACUUUCAGAUAAGAAGAAUGGAGGCCAAUACUUGCGCAACAGAGACGGCAACCAAACCAUUUCACAAAACAUGGCCAAGGAGCUCGACCAUAACACUGUGUUCUUCCGGAACCCGGUCAUCUCGAUUGACCAGUCCCAAGGCGAUCUCUGUACAGUCUCAACAGAAGCUGGAUUGGAUUUCCACUGUCGGAAAGUGAUCGUGUCUAUUCCAACCACGUUAUACCCUUCCAUCAAGUUCAACCCACCCCUACCCGAGAAGAAGACGGCACUCGGAAACAAUACAGCCAUGGGAUAUUACAGCAAGAUGGUGUUCGUAUUUGAUGAGCCUUGGUGGCGUGACGCUGGAUUCUCCGGCGUAAUUGAUUCUGAAAUGGGGCCCGCUAGCUUCACACGAGAUACCAGCAUUCCGGCUGACGACCAAUGGUCGAUAACCUGCUUCAUAGUCGGAGACCUAGGAAGGCAAUGGUCGAAGCUAUCUCGGGCCGCUCGUCAUCAUGAGGCUUGGGCGCAAUUUAGACACAGCUUUGAAAUGUUUGUUGACCAUGUGCCUGAGCCGACCAAUACAUUGGAGAUGGAAUGGGCCAAACAAGCUUUCUUCCUCGGAGCCCCAUGUCCGGUCAUGGCCCCUGGAGUGCUGACAUCUGUGGGAACUGAGCUGGCAACCUCAUUUGAGAAUAUUCAUUUUGUUGGCACUGAGACUGCCAAUGUGUGGCGAGGCUACAUGGAAGGUGCUGUGCGAUCGGGACAACGAGGAGGUGCCGAAGUCGUGCAAGCCUUAUCCAGAAGCUCCUCUGGUCAGACCUAG